GACCUAAAAAUGUCAUCGUGUAAAGGCCAAGCCCACUGGUCUGAAGAAGACGUCCUGAUGUUACUGGAAUGCAUGGAGAAUAACCUCCCACCCAAUGAUAAGCAAAAGUUCAAAACAACCCAGUCACAUAUGAACUGGGAAAAGGUAGCUUUCAGAGAUUUUUCUGGAGAAAUGUGCAAAAACAAAUGGUUACAGAUUUCUUAUAAUUUGAGGAAGUCUCGCACUUUGAAAGAAUUAGUCCUGGAAGCUCAGGAACGUGUUAAAAAGCUCUCCAAAAACAAAAAAUUCAGGAAUCAUCCAGACUUCCCCAAGAAGCCUUUGACUGCUUAUUUCCGCUUCUUCAAGGACAAGUGUUCCCAGUACUCCCAGAUGCACCCUGAGCUGAGCAACCAGGAACUGACCAAGGUUCUAUCCCAGAAAUACAAAGAGCUUCCAGAGAAGAUGAAACUGAAAUAUAUUCAAGAUUUCCAGAAGGAGAGACAGGAAUUUAAAGAAAAACUGGAUCGUUUCAAGAAAGACCACCCUGAUCUCAUCCAGAACUGCAAGAAAUCCGAUGUCCCUAAGAGGCGCCAAACUCAAACCCAAAAGAGUUGUCAGGGAAAUAUGAACAAAAUGAGGUCCUCGAUGGAGACUAGUGACUUCCCCAAGGUGAUGAAAUUCCAUGGAGAGCCUGAGAAGCCCCCCAUGAAUGGAUACCACAAGUUCCACCAGGAUAUGUGGUCAAAUAGGGAGCUGCAACACGUGCCCAUGAGACAGCGCAUGGUGGAGAUUGGUAGACGCUGGCAGCGCGUCCCACAGACCCUGAAGGACCAUUAUAAGAACCUGGCUGAGGAGCUGCAGAAACAGUACAGGGUGGACCUGGAUCUCUGGCUCAAGAGACUGUCUCCUGAGGAAUAUGCAGCAUACAGAGAGACAAGUUAUUCUAAGGGCAAGGAUAUGCGCAAACUCAGACAGAUAUCGCUGCAGUCUCUGUCAGUUAAGGGCCUGCAAGAAGGUCUUGGAGGGGAGCAGCAGCUGCAAGUUCCAGGCACAGAUUCGCCAGAGACUAUUCAGGUCAAUCAUCAUCCUUCACAGGGAUCAGCAGAAAAUAAGAACGAAGACGUGGAAAUGGAGGAAGGUAGUGACUCUUCAGACACCAGCAGUGAGGAUGAGGAUAGCGACUCCAGCUCAUCUUCCUCAGAAGACUCAGACUCCAACUGA